AGGAAAGCUAAAGCACAGAAUGAACUCAGGCUUGCUAGAGAGGUUAAAAGCAACAAAAAAGGCUUUUAUGGGUAUGUCCGUAGCAAAAGGAAGAACAAAGAAACAGUGGGGUCACUCAGAGGAGAAGAUGGUGAAAUGCAAACAGGGGACACAGAAAGGGCUGAACUCCUCAAUGCCUUCUUUGCCUCAGUCUUCUCCGAUAAAGAAAACAAUGCCCAACCUGAAGAAUUUGGAGCAAAUGAUUCAGCAAAGGAAACACAGCCCAGAAUAACUAAGGAGAUAGUACAAGAAUACUUGGCUAGUUUAGAUGUAUUCAAGUCUCCAGGGCCAGAUGAACUGCAUCCAAGAGUAUUAAAAGAACUGGCAGAUGUGAUCUCAGAACCACUGGCAGUCAUCUUUGAGAAUUCCUGGAGAACAGGCGAAGUCCCGGCAGAUUGGAGGAGGGCAAAUGUUGUCCCUAUUUUCAAAAAGGGGGAAAGAGAGGACCCAAAUAAUUACCGCCCAGUCAGUCUGACAUCAAUACCAGGGAAGAUUCUGGAGCAGAUCAUUAAGCAAACAGUCUGUGAGCACCUAGAAAGGAAUGCUGUGAUCACCAAUAGUCAGCAUGGAUUUCUGAAAAAUAAGUCAUGUCAGACUAACCUGAUCUCGUUUUUUGACAGAAUUACAAGCCUGGUAGAUGAAGGGAACGCAGUGGAUGUAGCCUACCUUGAUUUCAGCAAGGCAUUUGACAAGGUGCCCCAUGAUAUUCUUGUAAAGAAGCUGGUAAAAUGCGGUCUUGACUAUGCUACCACUCAGUGGAUUUGUAACUGGCUGACUGACAGAACCCAAAGGGUGCUCAUCAAUGGUUCCUCUUCAUCCUGGAGAAGAGUGACUAGUGGGGUGCCACAGGGUUCUGUCUUGGGCCCGGUCUUAUUCAACAUCUUUAUCAACGACUUGGAUGAUGGACUCAGGGGCAUCCUGAUCAAAUUUGCAGAUGACACCAAACUGGGAGGGGUGGCAAACACCCCAGAGGACAGGAUCACACUUCAAAACGACCUUGACAGUUUAGAGAACUGGGCAAAAACAAACAAGAUGAAUUUUAACAGGGAGAAAUGUAAAGUAUUGCACUUGGGCAAAAAAAAUGAGAGGCACAAAUACAAAAUGGGGGACACCUGGCUUGAGAGCAGUACAUGUGAAAAGGAUCUAGGAGUCUUGGUUGACCACAAACUUGACAUGAGCCAACAGUGUGACGCGGCAGCUAAAAAAGCCAAUGCAAUUCUAGGCUGCAUCAAUAGGAGUAUAGCAUCUAGAUCAAGGGAAGUAAUAGUGCCACUGUAUUCUGCUCUGGACAAGCGGCCCAGAGCCCAGUCGCCUGAUUCUGCGGCUUCGUCAGCGGCUGAAGACGUGCAACAGGAGGAGGAGGGCACCGUCGCUGCAGCGCCAGUGGAGAAGCCUUCGGGUAAGAGGCGCGAAAAGAAGAAGCAUGUAUGUCGGAAGAGCAGGUCUCGGAGGGAGGACUCGGAUGAUGAAACAGGUACUUCUUCUUCGGAGUAUGACAGUGACGCGUCCCUAGGUUCCUAUUGGGGGAAGGGCGAGGAAGUCUCUGGACUCCCGGACUGGGCACUGUCGAGGAGGGCCAAUUGCCAUCGUAAAAAGUUUGGGGGGACCCAGGAGUGGAAGGAUGGGGCUCUGGUAAAAGAUGCCACCACAUCCACCUACUCAACCUCAGAUGUUAUACCGGGUGAUCACCUAUCCCCUAAACUGCGAGCAAAAAUCUUAAAUGGUGAGUUUGUUGACAUGUUUAAAUUAGUGCCCCCAGCAGAGGAGUUAGGUAGGGGUGAAAAGAGGCCCUCGCAUGGUAAGAGAAAGAGCAAGUACCCUUCUGUGCCUAGGACAUUCGAAAAUUGGCUUGAUGGUUUUCAAGCCUUUAUGGGGACAAUUGUCGCUGCUUACCCCAAGCGGGCGGUUCACCUUGUUGCCUACCUUUCACAUAUUCGCACGGCCUGUGCCCUCGCGGGGGAGGCGGCGGCCAUAAGCUAUGACAAGAAAUUCAGAAGGAAGGCAUCCAGGAUCCCGUUAGCACGCUGGGAUCAGAUUGAGAAUGGAAUAUGGGUUCGAUCUAAAAUCUUAAUUAAACAGAGCAUAGCAUUUGAUUUUGGCUCAGAAAAAGCAAAGAAAAUAUAUGGAGAAACUUUUGGAGAAAGUGGAAGUCAAGGGCACAGUGAUUUCUAUGUUUCAAUAACUUUGAGUAGCAAGGAUAUUCUAAGUGAGAUACCUAGCCAGAAGAUCUCAAUUGUUCCAUUUGGUUCUGAGUUUAACACUGAAUGCUGGGUUAAUUUUGGAAAAGGAAAAGAAGUGAAGAAUCAAAAGAAGAUGAAGUCUCAGAAGGUUGCAGCUGACAAAGUCAUACUCAGAGUACACCCAUUGAAAUCAACAGGCUUAAAUAACUAA